AGGAGGGGACGCACGCAAACGAAGAGAUGUCAAAUUGCACUAAUGACUUUUGGAACUGAAGAAAAUACGGCGAGCCGCAGUCAUUACGAUCCUCAAGAGAUGGUCGAGGAUAUAAAUUAUGAGAUCGGUGCGAGGGUAGAAUGCGAAGGUCAUCGUGGCACUGUCAGGUAUAUAGGGACCGUUGGAGAUACCAAAGGUACUUGGCUCGGUAUCGAUUGGGAUGAUCCUUCCAGAGGAAAACACAAUGGUACUUACCAGGGUACAACAUUUUUCGAAGCUCGAAACUCAACCUCUGGAUCAUUUGUUCGUCCUGGAAAAGCAAAAUUAGGCGUAACCAUUAGUAAAGCAAUAAAAGAUCGUUACGGCCUCAUAGACGAUGAUUUAGCAGGAAUAGACAGAGCUAGUUUAACGAGUUUAAAAAAAGAGAUGAAAGCACCUUUCGUAGAAAUGGUAGGAUUUUCAAAAGUAAACAGGAAACAAAGUAAAUUCGACCAGCUGACAACGGUCUUUCUUCGUGAACAAUGUAUUUCGACUGCUGGCGAACCUGGUGAACUUGGUGAACUUUGUCCUAAUCUUCGAGAACUCGAUAUAUCAAAAAACUUGAUUAAUUCGUGGAACGUUGUUGCGGACAUAUGCAGAGAACUUCCAAAACUUCAAAGAUUGGACGUCAGUGACAAUGUUUUGCCCGUUGAGGAAGAUAGUACGUCGAUAACCAUCGACGAGACGUUUCCAAAUAUCCGAUAUUUGACAAUGUCAAGAAUGAAUUACAAUUGGACAAAGGUUCAACGUUGUACGGUUUUGUUUCCAAGUUUGCAGGAAUUGUCGAUAUCCUUCAACAUCGUUAAAAGACUGGAGGAACCAUCCGGUGAUUUCCAUUUGAAUGGAAUAACGAGUCUUACUCUUGAGGGUAAUUUUUUACAAAGUUGGGACGAAGUUCUAAAGUUAGGAGCGUUACCAAGGCUCGAAAAUUUAAAUCUUAAUUCAAACGGAAUUUCAAUUGUGAGGUUUCCGUGUGAAAAAACAACAGGGAAAACGCACAUGUUCGCAGGUUUGCGACAGCUACAUCUUUCGCAUAAUUCCAUUGCAGAGUGGCGUUCGAUCAGCGAAUUGGAGAAACUCAGUAAUCUUGAAGAUCUGAAAUUCCGCGACAAUCCGGUUUUGAAGGAAGUUAGUUGCGAAACCGCAAGACAAUUGAUUAUAGCGAAGAUUGCGAAAUUGAAGUUCCUGAACGGUGUCGAAAUUGAUGCAACUGAGAGAAAAGGUGCCGAGUACGAUUAUCUCAAAUUAUUCGGGCCACAGUGGCUACAAAGUGCUAGUGAAAAUGGCAGUACCGAAACUACCGAAAGAAGAAAACAAUUCGUUGAGAAUCAUCCUAGAUAUCCAGUCCUCGUCGAAAAAUACGGAGGUCCGGAAGUGGUUGCCCCCAAAGCCAAUAUAACUCUGGUAUCCGACGUGAUAAAAGUAGAAUUUUGUUGUCCGAACGAUCCAUCGCAAACGAAAACGAUAACUAGAAAGUUACUGAAAGACAUGGACGUGCAAAAGGUGACUGGUCUGGCGCAGCGAAUAUUUAGAACUGGUGGAAAAAUUCCCAAGUUAUCAUUCGUGCGAAGGGACAUCUCGAAGGAUGAAAUUCCACUUGACAAGCCUCUCCAACUGUUGAGCUAUUACUCUAUACAAAACGGCGACCGAAUACUCGUGCGUUGGUGAUACAAAACAAAUACGCUUGUUUAUAGAUAAACUAAUUUCGUAUUUUCUACGCUAUUGAGACUCUCGAUUAAUAAUUUUGUUAAUAAACGUUUUAUAAGUUGCGAAUCA